AUGGAAGAUGAUGGAGUUGUUCCUCACAAGGAUCUGCCAGAUGGGAAGACCCCUUCUCAAGAGACACCACUGGCUCCUGCCAAGCGCCAGCUGUCUUUUGAAGAUGGCGUGUCCAAGAAGCCGAAGGUGCUUCCUGCGCUUGACCACCAGGACUCCCAGAGGUCACUUGCAACGCUGCUGCGUGGGCAGCAGUUGUUGCGUGCACAAGGUCUGGACAUUGAUCUUCAAAGCCCUGAGUCCUUGGAGAAUAUGGCCCGACUGCCUGGGUUGCGUGAAGAUACUCUGGAAGCUCCAAGUACUCCUGCCAUCUCUCCUGGUCCUGAUGGUGAUACUCAAGUGGACAUCACAGAGACGUCAGUCGAACCUGCCAAAGUGCCAGCUGAGUCCAAGCCGGUCGUGCCGACCUUGGACAUUCCAGAGAAGGACUGCACGUCCACCAAUUUCAAGAAAGAAUGGCUCUUGCUUGGAAGAGUCGCUGCCGGCCCAAGAGCGACAGAAUUUCCACAGAUCGCCAAGGCCUUCGGUAGUGGAACCAAAGCUAAACAAAGAGAUGUCUUGAAACGCUACCUCCAACAUGGAGGUAACCUUGACGCUAUCGAGACCAGCUUUACUGUCGAACGCAGUCAUGAGGGAGAACAUGAAGGUACCAAAGAACUCCUCACGAUAGAUGGCAUGCGAAAGAGAGGAUGUAGUGAGGCGAAGAUAGCCGCCUGUGUGGCGAGGGGUGGAAUCCCUGACAGGGAUUGUCCCUCGGAUGAAGCCUCUAUGAGAUUCUGGUGCCACCUGUCUGAGAAAGAGACAAACCGAGACAAGGUCAAGGUCAAAACAACAGCUCAAGCGCAAGUGGCUCCUAGUACGAUGGUGGAUGCUUUGGGAACAGCCUUCCUACCGCAGAAUGUGGUGCAUGUCGCCAACCCUGCCCAGAUGAUUGCUAACAGAGUGGCUCCUGCAGCAAGUUCUUCUCAGCCGUCAGAGAACGUUUCGCCUGUGCCUCCAGGACGUGCUGCCAAAGCGAAGAGCAAACCGAAGCCUUUGCCAAAAGGAGCCGCCAAAGGCCCUCUUGGAAUGGACUUGGCCCAGAAAACGUUGGAGCAGAAGAAGGGUAAUGAGCUGAAGAAAGAGCUGAACCAUGUGAACGGUCUCUUGUUGGACUUGCAAAGUUGUGGGUACAACAUGGAUGAAGGGGAAAACGCUUUGAAGCAACACUACGGCACUCUGAUUGCAGCUGUUGACACGGAAGAGAAGUGGGACAGUUUUUUGGCUUUGGCAGUCACUGCAGCCCGAGUCAAGCGAGCAGAGCUGGGUGCCGCUCUGCGAGAGAUCCGAAAGUGA